GGGGAAGUCCCGUGCGAAGCCAAGAAGUGCAGAAGCCACCCAACCUACAUUUUUUCAAAGUUUGUUUGAGUUGAUGCUCUCAGGUAAAAAUGGCAAGUUGCCUUUGUCGUUCUCGCGUUUUUCCUUUCCCAGGUGCCGCCGUUUUCCGCCGCUUCUGUUUUACUUCUACAAACUCCGACCACCUCAACGACUACGACUUUGCCUCCGACACCGCCACACCCAAACCUGCCCUUCCCCAAAUCGAACCCUCUAACGACGCCGAUAGGAUCGCUCAGAUUCUUCUCCAACACCACAAUCCCUUUCACCCAACGGAAUCAUCGCUUCAGCUCACCGGCAUUUCCCUCUCCCCGUUCCUCCUCCACCAGACGCUCCUCCGCCUCAAACACUCUUCCAAAGUUGCCCUCGCUUUUUUCAACUUCUCCCUGUCCUGCCCCGGCUCCCCAAUCGACGCCACCGCCUUCAACCUCCUCAUCGACAUCCUCUCCAAAGUCCGGCAAUUCGACGCCGCCUGGAAGCUCAUAGUCCAGAUGGACCAGCAGAAGAUCUCCCCCAAUUUCACGACUUUCUACGUCCUAAUCCGGAGGCUCAUAUCUGCUGGGCUGACACGACAAGCCGUUCGCGCCUUCAGCGAAAUGUUUGUCUUCAUCGAUGAACACGGGGAGGAAGACGUCUGGAAUUUGUACUUUUGCUAUCUCCUCGACACCCUCUGUAAGUACGGGUACGUGAGAGUGGCUACUGAGGUGUUCAACAAAGAGAAAUGGAGGGUGGAGGUGAACUGCAAGAUCUAUACAAUCCUGAUUUACGGCUGGUGCAAGCUGAAGAAGAUUGAGAUGGCGAAGAAAUUCUUCGAGGAGAUGAUCGCUAAAUCUAUCCACCCAAACGUGGUGACUUAUAACGUGUUGCUGAAUGGGAUUUGCAGGAGAGCCAGUUUGCAUCCGGACGGCAGGUUUGAGAGGGUGAUAGUGGAGGCAGAGAAGGUGUUUGGUGAAAUGCGCGAGAGAGGAGUUGAGCCUGACGUAACAAGUUACUCGAUUUUACUCCAUGUAUAUAGCAGGGCACAUAAACCUGAGCUCUCUCUAGAGAAGCUGAUGGAAAUGAAGGAGAAGGGUAUAUGUCCAAAUAUAGCAUCAUACACAUCAGUCAUCAAGUGUCUAUGCUCAUGUGGGCGGAUUAAGGAUGCAGAAAAGUUGCUUGAUGAAAUGGUGAGUGGCGGGGUGACUCCCAUAGCAGCCACUCUGAAUUGUUUCUUCAAGGAAUAUAGGGGCAGAAAAGACAUUGAUGGUGCAUUGGGUUUGUAUGGUAAAAUGAAGGAUGGAUCCUUGUGCGCACCAAGUGAGGCCACAUUUAAUAUACUGUUAGGAAUGUUUGUGAACUUGGGGAGAUUAGGGCUUGCCAGGGAGAUUUGGGAUGAUAUGAAGAACAGCAGUAUAGGUCCGGAUUUGGAUUCUUACACCUUGAUGAUCCAUGGACUGUGCAAGAAAAAGAGAUGGAGAGAUGCUUGUGAGCUGUUUAUGGAAAUGAUAGAGAAAGGGUUUCUUCCCCAAAAGGUUACAUUUGAGAUGUUAUAUUCAGGGUUGAUACAGUCUGAUAUGUUGAGAACUUGGAGGAGGCUAAAGAAAAGGCUCGAUGAGGAAUCAAUAACUUUUAGCACAGAGUUUGAAGGGUAUCUUUUAAAGCCUUACAGGAGGUAACCACAAUCGGAUGCCUGUGGAAGUUGCUUGAGAAGGGUAUCAUUUUUUACAUUUUCAUUCACUAAAAGCAGCAAGUUUUUGCUCACUUAAAUGCCUCAGAAAAAACUACCAGUCCCACCUUUCCGCGAAUUUGCCAAUCCUGAGCUUUAAAAUUGACAAUUUGACUCGAUUUGGCAUUAUUGGAUUUUUGGUCAAAUUUCGCCAUGUUGGUAGAAGAUGCGGGCUUAGUAUGUAUUAUGUAUUAUGUAUACAUGUGACUAAAAUUGCACCCAACGUUUCUGGCAUGUAUUAUGUAUACAUAUGCGAUGUACGAACUCAGAGGCAGCCCACGAUAAAUGGAAGCCGUUUAUUGUAUUU